AUGCGUUCAGAACAAGAUAUCCUCGACAAAUGGGUUGACUGUGACAGCAUCGAGAUGGACCAGCUGACGGCUGCUGCAGUUAAGUUGAAGGCGCUGGUUCGACACCAGAUGCAUGUAACUCGGGAGGACACGAAACGCAGCAAUUCUGGGCUUGCCAAUGUCAUGCUGUUUGCUUGCGAUGCUUUCCGCUUCCUCAUGGGCUACGAUGAAGCGGAGACGGAGACGGACGAGGCGGUGGCCUUGAACAUGAUUGAUGACUUCGACCAGAGGUUGCAAGAGAUCGAAUCAGAGGGCCCGUGCAGUCCAGAGUUUGACAAGAACGCGCUUGAGCAAGUCAAGACUACAGAAAUGCUAUCCUUAGAACGCCAUGGACUCCUUGGACACGAAGCCUCAGAAGUGAACCUGUUCCGCUUGUACUGGUUUUGUCCGGUCGUUCAGUCCUUCAAGGGCAGACCUCCUGGAAGAAGCGCCACGGAAGGAGGUUGCUGCGGAUGGCUUCGAGCGCACAUGGUUCUUGGGGCAAUGUUUGGGCUCACAGGCUUUCUUCUGCUAAGCUUCAUGGUGCCACAGGGCGAUUCUUUCACCUUUGCUUAUUUCUGGGUAAGCAAGAAGGACAUGUGGGAGACACGGUGCCAGGUGACGAGCUCUGUCACCGCCUCGAGCCCAUGGUGCUCGGCCGACAAGGUCAUAACAAUGACCCGGAUGACUCUGUCCCCGGCGCUCCAUGGAAUACCAAGCACCAGUUUGGUGUGGGUUUGCCUGGUCAUCAAAGCCAUCAUUUUCUGCAUCUUGGGCGGCCUUUUCGGAAUUACGAUGUUCAAGACUGUGGAAGGCUUGAGGCAGGCCCAGCAUCCCAUGCAGAUCUUGCAAGUGAUACUCCUGCGAUGGUGCCAAAGCCAGAAAAUCUCAACCUGGCAGCUCCAAGCUUGGAAGAUGGCAAGGGCUUCCAUCCUUCACAACGACGUGCGCCUCAUCUUGGAUCGCUUCGAGAACGUCGUCAUCUUCACCUUAGUGGUCUGCAUGCUCUUCAUCACUGAUGCAGUGGUUCAGUAUGUCGUGUGGAGCAAACCUCCGAACAUAGGUGCAGUCUACAUCGUCCUCGUAUUUGCCCUUUCCACGAUGCUUUGCAUCAAUGCUGCCAUUGGCUGUCACCAUGCCCAGCAGUCACACCUCAAGACGCUGUCUGCGAUGAAAGAGGAGACCUCCUUCAUCCAAAACGUGAGCCCGGAUGGCGAAUACUUCCGAAAGUUUGUGGACCUCAUGGUCAAGCGGCUCUCGUCCGGAGGCGACUACCAGACGAAGCUUCUCUACAUGCCUCUGAACCCGGUCCUUCAGAAGUCAAUUCUGGCUUACUUUGCAGCUUCCCUCGCAGCCAUUGCCGGGAAAUUGUUUUUCGGUGGGUGA